CUCUCAAUCAUUUUUGCCCUACGUACUCUGUUUUAAAUAAUAAAAAUUCAAUUAUUUCUGUGCUAUUCUGUGUUUGUCCUCCCAACCCAAAUAAGCAAGAGAAAAAUUCCGAAAUGGCAGUCGCUUACAAAUUGCCACUAGCGCUCUGCUUAAUCGCAUCAAUUCUAAUCCUUCAAGCAUCGGCAGGUUCCGUGGGAUGGAUGAUGCCGGCGGUGAGAUCCGGGUGCAGGGGGACCAUCGCUGAGUGCUUGGCCGGCGGAAACGACGAGUUCGAGCUCGAUUCGGACUCCAGCAGGCGCAUCCUAGCCACGAGCCGCUACAUCAGCUACGAGGCGCUAAAGAGGAACAGCGCCCCCUGCUCGCGCCGCGGCGCCUCCUACUACAAUUGCCGCCCCGGCGCGCAGGCCAAUCCCUACCAGCGCGGCUGCAACGCCAUCACUCGCUGCCGGAGCUGAACUUGCCAUUUCUCCGGUGAUGCUUUAUUAUUUUUUAAAUAAUGUUAGUUUGAGAUUACUAUACGAGGAAUUAAUUAGCUAAGGAUGAAAUUGCUGUUUGUGGAUUGAUGGUUUGUUCCCUGCAAUUAUCAAUAGGAGUAUAUAAGUCUUUGGCUGAUGAACAAUUUGUUUCACAUAUUUGUAAUCAUUGCAUACAUGUGAUGGGAAAUUUGUUGGAAACUUUGAUCCA